AUGGAAGAGAUAGAAACAGUGAAGUGCGAGUGCUGUGGGUUAAAAGAAGAGUGCACACAGCAUUACAUAUCUCAAGUCAAGGCCAACUUCGACGCCAAAUGGCUCUGUGGCCUCUGUUCUGAAGCCGUUCACGACGAAAUUUUCAGAUCCAAAACCCCCCCGCCGCCGCCCUCCACUCGGAUUCAAGACGCCGUCAAAGCCCACAUGCUCUUUUGCCGGAAGUUCAAGUCUAACCCCGCCGUUAGAGUCGCCGACGGCAUGAAGCAAAUCUUGAGAAGACGCUCUUCCGACUUGUCGUCCUCCCACUCCUCUUCUCCUUCUUCUUCCUCCACUUCUUCCCAGGUUCGCGACAUGUCGUCUUUCUCCUCUUCCUUUACAUAA